AUGGGCUCCGAGCUGCCCGCACCUUGGCUGCUGCUCUUCACCUGGCUCCCAACAGGCUGCAUGUCCUUGCUGGUGACGGUCCAGCACACAGAGCGCUAUGUUACCCUGUUUGCCUCGGUCAUCCUUAAAUGUGACUACACCACCUCUGCCCAGCUCCAGGAUGUGGUGGUGACAUGGCGCUUCAAGUCCUUCUGCAAAGAUCCCAUCUUUGACUACUACUCUGCAUCAUACCAGGCGGCUUUGUCCCUGGGCCAGGACCCAUCCAAUGACUGUAAUGACAGCCAGCGGGAGGUUCGCAUCGUGGCCCAGCGGCGGGGGCAGAGUGAACCUGUGCUGGGGGUGGAUUACCGGCAGCGCAAGAUCACCAUCCAGAAUCGAGCAGAUCUGGUGAUUAAUGAAGUGAUGUGGUGGGACCAUGGAGUGUAUUACUGCACCAUUGAGGCCCCAGGGGACACGUCAGGAGACCCAGAUAAGGAAGUGAAGCUCAUCGUCCUGCACUGGCUGACCGUGAUCUUCAUUGUCCUGGGAGCCCUCCUCCUGCUCCUGCUGAUUGGAGUGUGCUGGUGCCAGUGCUGUCCCCAGUACUGCUGCUGCUACCUCCGCUGCCCCUGCUGUCCCAACCGCUGCUGCUGCCCCCAGGAAGCCGUAGCCCGCCACCGCUACAUGAAGCAGGCUCAGGCCCUAGGCUCUCAGAUGAUGGAAAAACCCCUGUACUGGGGGGCGGACAGGAGCUCCCAGUUUUCUUCUUAUCCAGUGAACCCACUGCUGCAGCGAGAUUUGUCCCUGCGAUCCAGCCUCCCCGAGGUGCCAGUGACCCAGGCAAUCGCUCACCCUCCCAUCCCCAGUGGUGUCCUAGAGUAUUUGGAGAAGGAGCUGCGGAACCUCAACCCAGCCCAGCCUCUGCCGCCUGACCUCCAGGCCAUAUCUGGCCACCCCUGCAGCAUCCUGUCCUCCCUGGGCUCUGAGGUUGUGGAACGCAGAGUUAUCCACCUGCCUCCCCUGGUCAGAGACCUGCCAGCUUCACGGAGGACCAGCAGCUCCUCCCGCCAGCAGUGGCUCCCCACACCACCAUCUCCCCCUAGACCCUGGGAUCUGAGGGAGGGGAGAAGGCAGCACCGCUACUCUGAUUUCCACCAGGAGCUCCGGGAUCCUGAGGCUCAGUGCUGGGAGUUGGAGCAAAGGGAGCUGGACCGACUGCGGCGUGGGAGGCACCGUGGCUCCAGGCAUCGCUGGUCACCCAGGCCCUGGUCGGACAGGGACAGCCUCAGCGACGGCGAUGGCCCCUCAUCCAGUGAGGCCCACUGGCGGCCCCACCGCCCCCCGCUCUGGAGCCACUACCCAGAGAGAGAUCCCCGCAGGCCCAGCCCCAAGGAAAGCGCUCAGGGGCACCGGAGGCGCAGGACCCGCAGCUACUCCCCUCCCCUGGCCUCUGGCCUCAGUUCCUGGAGCUCCGAGGAGGAGAAGGAGAGGCAGCCCCAGAGUUGGGGGACCCGCUGCCAUCGUCACUCAUGCUCCCCAAACUGGCCUGAGGAGAAGCCACCCAGCUACCGCUCGCUGGAUGUCAGCUCAGGCAAGAAUGGCAAGAAAAAAGGGAGUGUGAAGAGGCGCUUGGAGAGAGAGAGCUCCCAUAGUGGAAGGAGUGUGGUCAUUUAG